AUUUCCCAUGCAUUCAUCUACAUAAGCUGGAAUCGCUGUUCAACAGCCAGUAAGUUGCUUGUGCUUGUUGUGUAAAGAAGUUGUCUACUGUUGAUGUGAACGUGUGUAAUAUUAAAAUGCAGUCAAUAGCAGUGUUUUUAGUGGUACUGCUGGUGGGAUUAGCGAGCUGUGAUGUAUCUCACAUAUUGAAAGAAAUCGAUGUCGAAAAGGAAAUUACCACAUUACCUCCUCCACCGAGACCAUAUUCUUUCAGUUAUGUGGCUGGUCGUCAUCCGGGACACAUAGAUCGCAUACACAGCGAAUCGUCUGAUGGCAGCGGUACCGUGAAAGGAUCCUUCUCUUAUGUUGACCCCAGAAAUCAAGUGCGCACGGUGGAUUAUAUCGCAGACGCUCAUGGCUUCUAUCCACAAUUGAGUCAUUUGCCAAAAUCUCCCCAGCAAUCGGAAGCUGUUGAGCGUGCGGCGCAGAAGCAUUUCGUUCUGUAUGCGAAGAUAGCCGAAGAACACGCGAAUCACCAUAUCCAACCUGUUCAGGAAGCAACACUACCAAAAGAUACGGUGGCCGUAUCCAAAGCAAAAGAUAGACACUUCACGCUGUAUGAAAAAAUCGCACAGGAGCAUGCCCAAAUAGCUGCAGAACGAGAAGCAGAACGUCUUGCAUUCGAAGCAACAUCUGAAGUGAACGAAUUACAAUAAAAGUCAUACCCAAAACGGCAUAUGACAAUUGGAAACUGCAGUAAUUCUCAAGGACCAUGUCUAAACAAUAACUCCUUUCUAAUUUAGCUGUAUAUAUGAUUUCUAUUGAUAUAUAUAUAUAUAUUCACAAAAAACGCAAACAAUUGAGGCCGAAGAUGUUCAUUGUUACAUAAAAAAUCAAACUUGAAUAACAUUGAAUUUGCGUGGAAUCAUGACAGAGGAAUGUUAAAAUGAAACACGUACGGUUUAUUUUUCACUACAAUGUUGUAUAAUGUAUGGGACUCAAUAAUAUACUCAACGGUGUUUUUACUUGUGACAUUAUACUCGA